CUUCCGCAGUCCCAAUCUGACCUGGAGACGUGCCUGACCCGCUGGGAUGAGUUUGAGGAAAGCUACCAGGAGUUUGGCAACUGGCUCAGGGAGACGGAGGUGUUGCUCCGCUCAGAGCUCGAUCUCAAGGCCACGGUGGAGGAGAAGAAACAGCACUGGGAGGAGUACCAGCUUCAUCUUGAGGAUGCCAUCUCACAUCAGUCGUCACUUGAUCGGGUCAGCGAGAAAGCCCAGGCACUUUUGCAAACCAACGCCGACGCCAAAACAUCCCAUGCCAUUACACAGCUGACCACUCGGUACCAUGGAGUCAUCGCUCUUGCCAAGGACAUCAGCAGCAACUUGGAAGCCUACUACAACAACCACCGGCUGUACAAACAGAAUCAUCACCUGUUUGUGGACUGGCUGCGUGAGGUCAAACAACGGCUCAAGUCCGUCAAUGAUGAUCGUGGGUCUAAGGACACCGUCAGUGACAAACUGAUGGAAGUUGAUGAGAUCCAAGGUGCCCUGGACCAAGGCCACACCAUCCUCCGCACGGUGCUGGACAGCUGUGAGAAAACUCUGCCAAACACCAACCAGAGAGGAGUGCACAUCAUCAGGAACGAGGCUGACACAGCGAAAUCUGACUACGAGAACAUCCUCACACAAGUCUCACAGGUGAAGCGUAGUCUGGAAGGAUCCCUGGGUCACUGGGAAGACUUUGAGCACCUUUUCCAGCAAAUGUCUGACUGGAUCACCGAUGUUGAGCGCCGUCUGGGUUCAAGUCCAGACUUCAAAGCAGAUCUGCCAGAAAAGAGGUCUAGCCUUGAGAAGUACAAGGCCUUACAGGCAGACAUUUUGGCACACAAGGAUCAGCUGGAUCGUCUGGAGGAGAAGGCCAGCCAGGUCAAGGACGGUGUGCCAAGGUCAAGGACAGCUGAGCUCAGGGCCAGAUACAAUGCUUUGGUGGAGAAUAGCAGAGAGGUGGUUGGUAGUGUUGAGGAACAGGUGGGCAGCCAUGAAGACUACCGCAAGGCGUACAUCAGCUGUCUCGACUGGUUGGCAAACACAAAGCACAGACUGCAGAGGCUCGCGGACUACUCCGGAGACAAGAGGACGCUGCAGGACAGACUUCAUCAGCUACGGGUAAGU